AUGGUAAGACGCCUGGUGUCUCCGCAGAACAUUUACAUGAGCCCUGAGGAGAGGUGCGGUCGUGGAGGGAGCCCAGGGAAGGCAGCAGCCCUCAGCACGCGGCCCCUAUUCCGUCGGCUGGGGCUGUUCCCUUCCUCGAGCCCUCAGAUCCACCGAGCGACUGUUCUGCACAGAUGGCGGCCUCUGUGCACUCAGGCUACACAGACGCAAGCCCAGAACCCUGAGGGUGCCCACCUGGCCAGCUCAGGGUUUCUCUGCCGCACCAGAGCGCUCUGGACGCCCUGCAGGGGCCACGCCAGAACCGGAUUGAUUUCUACUUGGAGGAAGGAGAGAAAGGAGGUGUUCAUCCGUCACGGCCCCACACUCUGGCCCCAGAGAGACAAGGCCGUUUCUGGACCCCAGCUCCUGGGCAGGUCAGAGACCCAGGGGACAAGGGGACUGUGCCUCCUGCUUUUCCUAUGGCAGCAAGUUGGGGGGAGGGUCACCGCCCAUUCCUCCCGCAGAGACACUGGCACUCACCCAGGUUCUAAUCCUUUGGAGAGACAAGCCCUACGUCGCAGCAACUUGAGAAGACACACACAGCGGUGCCUGGAACGCGCCAAUGAAUGUGGUCGGGUCACAUAUUCACACAAAAUCAAGAGCUCCUCAAAGGGAGAGGGCCAAGGGGCUCGAUGUCCUACAGCCGGGAGUUCCAGCUGGGCCCGGAUGGGCAGCGAGAGAAAGAGGGAGGCCCUCUGGGGGGCAGUGCCCAUAGGGCUCAGCAGAGCAGCUGGAUGGACCCCACCCCCUGAAGCCACUGCAGGGAGGGAUGCGGUGCCCCUCACAGGGCCACAAAUAGCUCCACACGACGGGGACAGCUAAACAGACACAGCUUCCAUUAUAGGCAAGACUCACCCCAGAGAAAAUCGUUCAAGAAUGGAAAACUGCUGACAGACCUGGAAGGAAUGAGGCGGAAUAUUUAAACUAGCUCAGUAUCAAGGAAUCUCCAUUUGUGUUGUUAUUCUUCUGUGGUUUCUUUAGGCGAUAUUUAUUCUCAAAUAUAGCCAACGAUGUGUACAUUAUACAUAAUGUAUUUUGUAAUUUAUAAAAAAAAAUUUGUAAUUUUCUGAGUGAAAAAAUUUCAGGGG